AUGACGAGCUCCCUGGAUACUCAACAUCCUGACGAGGAGGCUACUAUCCAGGAUGAACAAGAGCAGUACCGCGGUCUAGAUGCUACAACUUAUACUGCCCGACGUUUACAUCAUGCUUCUGCACGUCACCUAUACCUGACGUCCCGGCGACAUUUUAUAGGGCCUAUUCCCGAGGAUUGGAUACACAGUCAUCGCAAGGCCUGGUAUCAAUCGAGAUUCAGCUUCAAAAACUACACUGCUCGCACUCUGACAUUCUCGGCAAAGACUACUUCAUUCAACGAAGCUCCACGACCAUCUUUGCCUGAGCCUCCUACAGAUUCUCCUAACAUGAACGAUGCUUUAGAUGAUCACAAUGAAAACGACGGGCAACCGGACAGCUCCACUUCAAGAGGUGAACACUCGAGUCAAGAUCACGAUAUCGAGAACGAGGACGUUACGACAGAGGAAGACGAGCCUAGACUAUCCGAUGCUGGUACCGGAGUAGCAAGCACAUUUGUGACUGCCAGAGAAACCCUUACUAGGGAAGAAGAACCUCUGAAUUCGCCUAUAACCCAGACCAGCACGCUAGAAGAACCAAGGACUUCACGUGAUUCAGGCGCAGCGUCUAGAUGGAUGAACACGAAUGUCUCUCCGGGGCGGGCAUCCCAUGUGCCAAGCAUCUUACAAUCUACAACAGAUGCGGGAUCUACAGCAUCCCUUCUUCCCCGUCGAAGAAAAAAAGAAUCCACCUCUACUACGUCGACGAAAACACUCCGGCCCCAGCAACCCGAUCCUCAUGUUGUGCAGGCAGCCAAGCCCGUACCUAGCCCGCAAGAGAGGGUGAGAGCAAAGAUUACACGUUUUAACCUGGACGACAAUGUUCUGAAUCAUCAAGAACGCAUCCGUUCUCGAAUCGAACGAGCACAGGACAAAGUUUCGGCCAACCGACCUCAUUGGAAUAAAGAAAGCGAAGGCGAAAUGAUUAGAGCACAAAAGAUGCUUGUACGGGUUGAGUAUGCAUCACAGGAGCUCCCACCGGAUUAUUCUGAAAAUUCCAGUAUGCGAACAGAGACGCGAGAGCUGAAAACAUGGCGUGAGUAUGUUGUUGUCUGCCGGAAAGCCCUUGAUGAUGACGCGCUCUUCACGUUGAAGAUGUACAAAACUCGGGUCAUUCAGGACGUUGAAAAAUCCCGGAAGUCAGCCUACUAUGAAGUUUCUCUAACCAGGAAAACCACCAAAAUCAACCUAUACUCCUCGCUGGAUAAGACUUGGGCUAUAUGGCACCCGUAUAAGCGUGGUACAAGAAUCUUCAUCUUAAGGCCUCGAUCUUCAGCUCAUGCAAUGGAAUGGUAUACUUUUAUCAGACAGACCCUGGGGUGGAAUCGUCCAACAUCUUUGCUCAUCAAUGUGCCUGAUUUGAAUGUCUCUCUAGUCUUCAAGAACCCUUUUGAACAGAGUCGUCUUGGUAACGAAGUCUCAGGUGAAAGGGGGACUUUAAUAGCUAGGACGAUUGUUGCUCACUGCCUUAAUGUACUGAAAAGCCGUAACGAAUGGUCCGAGGCGCUUGAGGGGUGGUCAAAGACAUCAAAGAUGGGCUUAGCAUGGAAACGAUUUGACCGCCUAGAAUGGAUUUAUGGAGCCCAGGAAGCACAGAUGUAUGGGACUAUUGCAAUGCAAACUUCUCAUGAUCUAGAGCUCAGGCCGAAACAUCAUUAUCCCUCGACAAUAAGGACAGACGGUGAAGAGGAAGAGGAGCCAGCCCCUAUUGAAGGCUUUCUCAUACGUCUCACUUCGCAGAAAGGUGUGCAACAAAGACUGGGUAGAGAAUUCUCCAAGCGACAAUACUACUUUAGCCAGGAUCGAUUCUUGUGCUUCUGUAAGCCGUCAAAAGCGUUACCUCCUCAUCCUCCGGAUCUUGAUUAUACAGAUGCCUCUAUACCGUCAUACGAGGAAAUUGCCGAACGGAAUCCAUUGCAGUACGAUAUACUUCCUUACCCAGUCCAAGGCGGAAAUAUCACAUGGCUCGCUAGUGGUAACGCAGAGUUUCUGCGACGGCACGACGAAGAAGCAACCGCUCAGUUUGGACGCAACAUCGCCAACUUGCAGCACGCAGAAGGUCUUAUUGAUAUCUGCCAAGUGGACAGUGUCCGAGUCUCUGGGGAUCCCAAUGGAUCUGAAAACACCGGAGGUCGACGUAUUUCAGGCGGUGAUAUAGAAGAAAACAGGUUCGAGCUCGUUUUGGGGAAUGGCCUCGUUGUCCGCUUCAAGGCUUACAAUUACGAAACACGAAAUGAAUGGAUCAAGCGUCUCACAGGCCUAGUCAAAUACUGGAAAGCCCGAGUAAAGGCCGAUGCUAGAGAGCUGAAAACUAUCCGCCAACAUAACCUGGAGAAUCUGGGCAUUGAUGAAAGGAUGGAAUCCCUAUUUGGUCAGUUUGCUAGUAAAUGGGAAGUCAGGCGGGCAGAAGCGUCACCACAUCUAUACAAUAUGUGCCAUUUGUCGGAGUGUCGACCGGUCAAGAUGUCCGGGUAUCUCUAUCGAAAACCUCGCCGUCGUUCAACCUUCCACCGCUGCCAGGUCAUUUGCACUUCUGGACAGCUCUUGAUCUUCCAAGAUACUCUUCGCAAAUUCAACGGGGUCGAAAUCCCACACAUCCACCAGGAGCGGGUAGCCACACUGGACCUACAAGAUUGUUAUAUCUACUCUGGACUCCUGACCGAGAACGAUCUACUACAUACCAACCAGACCUUCGACAACAACUACCCUGGCCAUCACGCUUUACCACGUAUCUACCUUGCUCAAGAUGGUUGGACGAGUCAAGAUGAAGAUACAUCUAUCUGUUUUGUCAUCUGGCAUCCCACGCGAAAGAGUCUGUUCCGAGCGUCCGAAGUGAGAGAGGGAAAGACUAAUAGGAUGCUUCGUCGAGUCUCUGCACUUGGUGUACCUGGACGAACUGUUGUCUUCAAGGCUAGAAACCGUCUUGAGCGAGAUCGAUGGGUGCUCUGCAUAGAAUCUGAGAUCAACCGCUUACAGGAAGAAAGAGGUGAGGAUGUGAGGAUUGUCUGAGUCGCUAUCACAUCACGGCCAACCCCAUCACAUGAAGACGUGUUGAUGAGUUGAAAGUAUCUCAUUGUUUUAUACAUAAGGAUCACAGGUCCGACCUCUAGUGUCUAGUAAUACAUAUUUAUACCCCGGUACGAGUGUAUCUCAUACUCAACAUGCAAAAAUACAUGUAAUAUAUAUAUAUACAAUGGUUAAAUGCAAAAUAACAGACCCACGAAGAAACACUCUAGUCCAACCCCGGUACCUCAAUCUUGACGGCCUGUUUAACCACUCUAUCCCUGACCGAACUUCUAUACCCUUCCCCCAAUUCCUUUUGCGUAUCAGAGCCUGAUUUUGCUUCAGCUGGCGGAUCCCAUUCCCACCAUUUCAAGCGUCUCAUUCGUGGAUAAAGAACCGCUACCACACUGCCCGUGAUCAGAUUGAUGCUCACCGGGCCAUAUGUAUUACUAUCCAGGGAUUUUUUUGGAUCGUCAGCAUCGCCUUCUAACCAGACGUGGUUGAAGGGUACGAUUUGUGACGGCCGAGGACAAGGCUCUCUUGUUGUGACGCGGUCUCCUGGUAAAGCGAUGACACGUUUUAUGGCUAUAUUUGAGGGAUUUGCUG